AUGGUCGUAUCAGCCAAGAAGAAACAAUCUUCUUCUGUUGUUGCUGCUGCUGCUACAACUACUGAAUCAUCACCUGUUGUUGUUGCACCAAAGGUUGCACCAGUAAAGAAGAGAAAGGCUGUUGAUGAAGUCAUCCCAACCACUACUACUGAACAAAUUCAACAAUCAGUCGUAGAGUCGUCAACACCAAAGAAGCAAACAACAACAACAACACAGAGCAACAAGAAGCAAAAGAAGCCUGUCGAUAAGGCAAGAGAUGAGAUCACAAAGUUGGCUGCCACUCCCACUCCUCAAGAGCACGAGAAGAAUGUCACCGACUCAAAGAUUGUCCCAACACUUGAGCAAGUCGACGAGAAGAAGAAGGCAAAGAAGAAGUCUGUGAUCCCAGUCGUCGCCCCAGUCGAGCCUGUGGCCGCCGUCGUCCCAUCCGACACCAAGGCAACUACUUCAAAGAAAUCAACAAAGUCAACAUCAACAACAACUACAACCACAACUACUACAACAUCAACAACAGAACAAGAGAAGGAUGAUAAGGAUACUGGAAAGUUUAGAGAGGAUGAGUGGACUGCUAAGGAGGAACCAAGAAGCGAGACUGUGACUGCUGAAGAGCUCGGUAUCACAUCUGAUUCAAUCACAUUCGAAUCAUUGCAGAUUGAGGAGAAGACAAAGAAGGCCAUCGCAGAGAUGGGAUUCACAAAGAUGACACCAAUCCAGGCAAAGACCAUCGUGCCAUUGCUCGAGGGAAGAGAUCUGCUCGGUGCUGCAAGAACUGGCAGUGGCAAGACGCUCGCCUUCUUGAUCCCCGCCAUUGAGAUCCUCGUCAAGUGUAACUUCAAGCCAAGAAGUGGCACUGGUGUCAUCAUCAUCUCACCGACUCGUGAGCUGGCCCUGCAGAUCUAUGGUGUGGCUCGCGAGCUCAUGCUUAAUCACACUCAGACACACGGCAUCGUCAUUGGAGGCAACGACAAGAAGACCGAGGCAGAGCGUCUGUGCAAGGGAGUCAAUCUGGUGGUGGCCACACCUGGCCGUCUGCUCGAUCACCUUCAGAACACGCGUGGCUUCAUCGUCAAGAAUCUAAAGUGCUUGGUCAUUGACGAGGCGGACCGCAUUCUCGAGGUCGGAUUCGAGGAGGAGAUGCAUCAGAUCGUCAAGUGUCUGCCAAAAGAGCGUCAGACCAUGCUGUUCUCGGCCACCCAGACGAGAAAGGUCGACGACAUUGCACGUGUCUCUUUCAACAAGGAGCCUGUGUACGUUGGUGUCGACGAUGACCGCGAGGUCUCCACCGUUGAGGGUCUGGAGCAGGGCUACGUCGUGUGUCCCAGUGAGAAGCGAUUCCUGCUGCUCUACACGUUCCUCAAGAAGAACCUCGACAAGAAGGUCAUUGUGUUCCUGUCGUCGUGUGCCUCUGUCAAGUACCACGCCGAGCUGCUCAACUACAUCGAUAUCCCCGUGCUCGAGUUCCACGGCAAGCAGAAGCAGCAGAAGCGUACCAGCACCUUUUACGAAUUUGUUAAUGCAGAGAAGGGUAUCCUGAUUUGCACAGACGUGGCUGCCAGAGGCGUGGACAUCCCCUCCGUCGACUGGAUCAUCCAGUACGACCCACCCGAUGAUCCCAAGGAGUACAUCCAUCGUGUCGGUCGUACGGCGCGUGGUGUCGGCAAGAAGGGCAGAGCACUGCUCUUCCUGCUGCCUCAGGAGCUUGGCUUCCUCAAGUACCUGAAGCUGGCCAAGGUGCCACUCAACGAAUACGAGUUCCCUCAGAAGAAGGUCUCCAACGUGCAAGACCAACUCGAGAACCUAGUAUCACACAACUACUAUCUUCACACGUCUGCGCGUGAUGCAUACAAGAGCUACAUCCACUCGUAUGCCUCUCAUUCACUCAAGGAUAUCUUCAACGUCAACACACUCGAGCUUGGUUCAGUUGCUCUUUCCUUUGGUUUCCAGAAUCCUCCAAAGAUAAUGUUAAAUGUUAAUACAGGAAUAAAGACUGAGAAGAAGAGAAAGGUUGGACCAGGAGCAUCAAAGAAUGGCUUUAGCGAUGCCAACCCAUACGCAUCAAAGAAUGAAUAUAGCAGCAAGACUAAUCCAUAUGCUCCAAAGAAUAAAUAA